CCUCCCACCCCCAAGCCACCCCAAUGGCCGCCGUCGACGACUACUCGCGCCCCACGACGCCAGACGGCAGCGGCAAUGCCCUCCCCAACGGCGUCGUGUCGCCGCGCACGCCCCGGCCGACGGGCCUGGCGCUCACAGAGUACACGGCCAACGCCAGCCCGGGCAGCUCCUCCCCCCGGCCAGACCACGGGGUGCCCGACGAGUUCCUGCUGCCGACGGGCUACCCCGACUACCUGCGGCUGAUCCUCACGUCGCGCGUGUACGAGGUGGUGACGGAGACGCCGCUCACGCACGCGACCAACCUCAGCAACCGGCUCGAGUGCAACGUGCUGCUCAAGCGCGAGGACCUGCAGCCCGUCUUCAGCUUCAAGCUGCGCGGCGCCUACAACAAGAUGGCCCACCUGGACCCCAAGCACCGCUGGCGGGGCGUCGUCGCGUGCAGUGCCGGAAACCACGCCCAGGGAGUCGCCUACUCGGCCCGCCGCCUCAAGAUCCCCGCCACCAUUGUCAUGCCCAGCGGCACCCCCGACAUCAAGCACAAGAACGUCUCGCGCCUCGGCGGCGCCGUCAUCCUGCACGGCCAGGACUUCGACGCCGCCAAGCAGGAGGCCGCCCGCCUCGAGAAGCUGCACGGCCUCGUCUCCAUCCCGCCCUUUGACGACCCCUACGUCAUCGCCGGCCAGGGCACCGUCGGCAUGGAGCUGCUGCGCCAGACCAACCUGCAGCACCUGCAGGCCGUCUUCUGCUGCGUCGGCGGCGGCGGCCUGAUUGCCGGCGUCGGCGUCUACAUCAAGCGCAUCGCGCCCCACGUCAAGAUCAUCGGCGUCGAGCAGUACGACGCCAACGCCAUGGUCGAGUCGCUCAAGGCCGGCAAGCGCGUCGUCCUCAGCGAGGUCGGCCUCUUCGCCGAUGGCGCCGCCGUCAAGACCGUCGGCGAGGAGACGUUCCGCAUCUGCCAGGACGUCGUCGACGAGGUCGUCCAGGUCACCACCGACGAGACCUGCGCCGCCAUCAAAGACAUGUUUGAAGACACGCGCUCCAUUGUCGAGCCCGCCGGCGCCCUCGCCCUCGCCGGCCUGAAGAAGUGGGUGAGCCGCAACCCCUCGCCCAACCGUGACCGCGGCCUCAUCGCCAUUGCAAGCGGCGCCAACAUGAACUUUGACCGCCUGCGCUUCGUCGCCGAACGCGCUGCCCUCGGUGAGAACAAGGAGGCCCUCUUAUCUGUCACCAUCCCCGAAACACCCGGCGCCUUUGCCAGACUCGUCUCCAUCAUCCACCCCAUGGCCGUUACCGAAUUUAGCUACCGCUACUCCGGCCCCAAUUCAGCCAGCAUCCUCGUUGGUGUUGAGCUAAAGGCCGCAACACGCUCGCGCGACCUGCCAGACCUCAUUGCACGUCUAGGUGCGGAAGGCAUGGCCGCCCACGACCUCUCGCAGGAUGAGUUGGCCAAAUCACACAUCAGAUACCUCGUUGGAGGUCGUAGCAACGCCGCUGACGAGCACCUGUACAUGUUCGAGUUUCCCGAACGGGGCGGCGCCUUGAACAAAUUCUUGAACACGCUGCAGCCGGGCAUGAACAUCAGCCUCUUCCAUUAUAGGAACUAUGGAGGAGAUGUCGCCAAGAUCCUGGCGGGCAUCCAGUGCAAGCAGGAGGACGACGCCAAGUUGGAAGCGUUUCUCAAGGAGAUUGGCUACCCGUAUAAAGAAGUCACGGACAGCGGGAGCUACAAGAUGUUUUUACGGGAUUAG